AUAGACUUUUGGCGACCUCCUUCGCACCCGGGUGAGACAGUUGACAUGCAGGUGUCACCGGAAGAAUUCAUAAAGCUUACAAGAUUGUUGACUCAAAAUAAGAUUCGUUACAAGGUACCAAUAUUCGACCUUCAAGCCGUUAUGAACGGACAGAACGAUGUGAACUACAAAAGAUCAUCUUGGCAUAAUACGUACCACACGUUUGAUGAGGUAGAUAUCCUGUAUAUUUCUCAAUUAUGAUUAAAUCGUAAACCGAUAUGGCAAGGUCCAAAAAAACUUCAGAAAAGAGGAACGUAAUUUUAUUAUAUAAACUGUAGUGUUUUACAAAGAAUUACAGCCCUGAGAAAAGCCACAACUGUACAAGUGUAAAACUACGAUAAUUUUUUUACGUGCGUUUAAUAUCGCCAAUCAGCUGCUGACACGUCACUUACCUUUCACGCCUCUCUCUCAGGUUGAUGAAUGAAUGGCCAACCAGGUCGAAACGUUGGGUCUAUGAAUUGUAACUUCUUCGGUUACAUUCAUGAAAUCUGCAAACCAGAGUAGCAUCAAACUAUGUCUCAUUCUCAAUCCAAUAUCGUUUGACAAGUUUUCCUGUUUGAAAGGCUUAUAGAGUUUAUAAUAUUAAAAAAAAUAGAUGGUUGCUUGCAAAGAUGAAAUUCAGUUCUCUUCUCGUGUUUACUUCGAUAUCUCAUUCGUUCACUGCGCUCACUCGUAAUAUCGAGUUGAACAUUUAAAGAGAAAUUCCAUAUCUAAGAGCGCCCAUCUAUUAUUUUCUCUGUUAAAAAAAGACGAUUAACCAAACAACUCUUCAGAAUUAUCUUAACAAUCAGGCCUUCAAAUGGUUUUUCGACAAGGGUCAAGUGAAAUACUGAUGACAAGAAUGAAAAACCUAUAUUACCUUUAUUCUCCCCUUGAACAUGCAAUUUUUUGAAAAUGUCAUUAUUUUUGUUUUUCUCCCGGUCAUAAAGAUUGUAUCCUGGAUAAAAGCUACCAGUCAAAGCUCAAAUAUUAUACGCAUGCACAGUCUUGGCAAAUCAUAUGAGAACAGGGACCAAUAUAUACUUCAGGUAAGUUUGAUCAGGUGUAACAACAGAUAUGGUGGUUUUUCAGAAGAGUUUAAACAUCGACCUUCUAACAGAUAAAAGGCGUAUCAAAACUUCAAUUCAGUUAAUAUCUUCAAUAUUUUCUAUUAUCUAGAUUCAAGCAAACCAUCAAGUAAUCAAGCCGCUGGUGUUUAUAAAUUGUGGAACACAUGCUCGAGAGUGGAUUUCUCCAGCCUCCUGUAUCUACAUCAUUGAUCAGGUAGGAAAAACUACGUUCUUUCAUUAAUAGAAAUAAAGCCAGUUGCCAUCAUUCGAUCAUCAUUGUCAUGGAAACCGACUUAAAAACAAAUUAAGGCGCAGGGUUUUAAAAUUGUCAAAUGUAAUUGUUAUGAUGUCUUCCAUAUCUUAAUACUUAACCCUCGAACUCCUAGAAGUGAUUAACGUGCAACUUCUCUCUGAGAUAUCCAUAUAUAGUCCAGCAAACAAGUGAUGAGAAUACUAAAACUAAUCAGGUAAAAGUCGUUAUCCUGAUCUAAAAGCAAAUUCUUGUAACUAAUUUAUGAGGAAAUGUACACCAGCUGGAGGAGAGAAUUAAGAAUCAGAUCUUGGAAGUUUAACGGUUAAGAAAGUUUUUUUUGCUUUCAAGUAAGAGGUCUUGAAACGUCAAAAAUCAUAAUGUCUUUCGAUUACGAAGCACUUAGUAUCGCCAACUCAAAUGCAAAAUCAAGAAAAUGUCACACAAGCUCGUAAACAUGCCACGCAACAGUUAAUAAAGUUAGUGUUUAAAGCCAGGCCACUUUUCAGAUUGUUUCCCAAUACGGAAAGGACCCCAACGUGACAGCCUUGCUGGAUAAAAUAGACCUCGCCAUUGUACCCGUAUUUAAUGUUGAUGGCUACGUUUACACCUGGACUCAAGUGAGAACUUAACUUCCUUUUCUCUUUAAUUUUGCUUUUAAAAGCGUUUGCUUUUAACUUAACUUUCUUUUCCUUUGGUAGAAGGAGAUCAAACCAUGUGGCAACCCAUGGGCUAUCAUGCCUUUGUGGUUUAACUGUCACACAAUGGUCCGGUCCUGUUUUAAAAAAAAAAUUUGGGAAAGUCAUGCAGUGACUGGGUAAUGUCAGUAUGAUAAAGCGUAAUGGAUUGUUGUAAUUAUAACCAUUUUUUGAUAAGUAUGGGGCUUCGCUGUGUGCGCUGCGCAUGCUUUGAGCUCCGCUAUAAAAUUACAUUGACCGAUAAGUCUUUCACCAUACCUAACAUUACAGGAUCGUUUAUGGCGAAAAAACCGAAGUCCCAACCACGGAUCCUUGUGUUUUGGUACCGAUUUGAACAGAAACUGGCAAUUUAGUUGGGGAGGUAACAACGUUGAGAUUCAUUUCUAAAACUGCUGCAAAGAAUACAUCAAGGAUUGUUGGAUCAAUGUCAGUAUCUGAGCGACUGCAUAACUACCCCUCCCCUAACCCAAUUUUAACCCUAACUUGUUCUUAGUUGACUGUUGUGGGGUUGGGGGAGGGGUAGGGGCCCAAUUGCUCAGAUACUAUACUUACGUAUAUCCGUUUAUUAUAUAGAUAUCACCACUAAGAAACAUCUCUAUAUAUUUCAAUUUUGUUAAAAGUUUAAUUUUCUCCCUGUCUUCUGUUUAAUUUCGACUUGGGUGUUUUCACUACCAUAGCAGUAAUAGAAGAGACAAUGAUAUAAUGCAUUGUCAGAUAAAUUUUGAUGUGCGAUCUUUCUUCUCCUUUUAGAUCACGGGGCUUCUGAGAACCCUUGUUCAUUUAUUUACCAGGGUUCAUCAGCCAUGUCUGAGAAAGAGGUUCAGAACUUAGAUCGCUUUUUGAAGUCUCAGCUGAAGAGGCUUGCGGGAUUCCUUGAUGUUCACAGUUACAGUCAAAUGUGGAUGAUUCCGUGGGGUUUUGCGAAGGAAAAUAUCAAAGAUUAUGAUGAACUUGUGAGUUACAGUAAUCCCUUCGCCAACCUUGUAUACGAUUACUCCGAAAGAGGGCUCCACCGUCUUUUCGUCCAUUUCGUCAUUUCGUCCACCAGAUGUACAUAAGCAUGAAUCAGUUUUGUGACCUCGCUAGUUUUAAUAAUUUGGGCAACGAACUUAAUCGGGGGGUACUUCCUAGCUUAAGGGGAUGUACUAUUGGAUAAGAUGGUAUUUUCACGACAGGAUUAAUUAUAAUGUGGUUACGUUUUUAAUAGAUUUACCAGAAUGGGGUGGUACAUUUUCGGGACUUUUGGGCCAAGAAAAUUCUGGUAAGAAGGAAUUAAAAAUGGUAAGAUUCACGGUUAAAAAGUGACUUAGUUGGGAUCGCGAAAAUUACAUUUCCCCAAAUGUGACCGAUGUUGUUUAUAAUUGGCCUCAGAACAGACCAUAAUGGGCUAGGGGUUCUUAGAGACCGGUGGCACAUACUCAGCAAAAUUGACCUAAGUAACCCCCCGAACUCAAUAAGUUCAGUUCCAUGUAUACUUCAGUUUACGUACCAGAGCCUUGCAGACCCAUUUUGUAAUAUGAUUGGACUUGACUUGCAGAUGCGUGUUGGGAAAGCCGCAGUGGAUGUUAUAAAGUCCAUGGAAUUUAGCACAACUUAUGAUUUGGGUCCCUCAUCUAGACUGUUAUGUAAGUUUAGCCCAUAGGAUUACAACAAAAGCUUCUGUAAAAUAUGUGUUAUGAUAUCACAGAAUUUAAAAGUAACACUGUGACGCUAUACGUUAAAAGUAACCGGACUUAGUAGUGAUAACAUCAAGAUUUGGUUCGUAAAAGGGCUGGUAAGAGGAGCGAGGGCAACAACAUAACGGAGAAUUUAUUUGCGUUGGUAACAAAAAAUUGUAGAACGAUGAUAAUAAGCCGCAGGAAACAUUUUCUGUUUUCUAAACAGCUCAUCAAUUAGAGAAAUCAACCUAAGAUAAGAGCGCUAACGAAGUAGGGCGUUAUGGUUUCCCAAAGAUUUUUAACAAAGAUUUUCAGGAUAUCAUCACAAAUGGUGUAAAUUGUUACAAAGUAAAUUGGCCUCCAAAAAGAGUUUCUAAAGCUGACGUUUCGAUUUUUCUUAGGGCUGAUGCUCGAGACGUCAGUUUUAGGAGAUAUCUAUGGUGGCCAAUUUACGAUAUCAACUCCGUUUAUAAAACUAAAUUAUCUUGUAAAACUACCUACCGACGCAGCAACAGUUUUUUGUUUAGGAACUUCCCCUCCUUUAUCAUAAAGUAGUCAGCCUUCUGUAACAAGUACUUUUUUUAUCCUGUCUUUCUUUAACUCAGAUAUCAAUUCCGGGAGCUUAACCGAUUACGUCUAUGGUGGCUUGAAAGUGAAAUACUCAUUUGCAGUUGAAUUGCGAGAUCAGGGAAAGUUUGGAUUUGUCUUGCCAGCAUCACAAAUAGAACCUACUGCUAAGGAAUUGUUUGAAGGAUUAAAGGCUAUGGUCAGGAAAAUGCACAUAGGAUAA